AUGAAUUUGAAGGAGGACGAAAGUGGAGAAGAAAAGGGAGAAAUCAAGAAUGACAAUUAUACGAUUAAUGAACCUACAUUGAAACAUCAUUGUCACCCCAAAUCCAGAGUUUACAUUAGGGUUCACUCGAGAGUGAACUCUAAUGUAAACUCUGGAUUUGGGGUGACAGAUAUAUUCCAAACUAAAUUGUCAAAUCAAAAACAAACUUGUGGGGCGUUCCCCAACCCUUUCCUGGAUUACGAGGCCGCCGCUGAGAGGCAGGCCGAAGAACCGCCAUGUUCUCGCACCCCGCUCUCCCCCGAGGAGCUUGGCCUCCCUUUCCACAGCGAUGGGAAGAUUAUUAAUAACUUCACAAGACGGAUCCAGACCAAAAUUAAAGAUCUUCUACAGCAAAUGGAAGAAGGGCUGAAGACAGCUGAUCCACAUGAUUGCUCUGCUUAUACUGGUUGGACAGGCAUAGCCCUUCUGUACCUGCAGUUAUACCGGGUUACAUGUGACCAGUCCUAUUUGCUUCGAUCCCUGGAUUAUGUAAAGAGAACACUUCGGAAUCUGAGUGGCCGAAGGGUCACUUUCCUCUGUGGAGAUGCUGGGCCCCUGGCCGUCGGAGCUGUUGUGUAUCAUAAACUCAAAAGUGACUGUGAGUCCCAGGAAUGCAUCACAAAACUUUUGCAACUCCAGAGAACCAUCGUCUGUCGAGAUUCAGACCUUCCUGAUGAGCUGCUUUAUGGACGGGCAGGUUAUCUGUAUGCCUUACUCUACGUGAACACGGAGAUAGGUCCAGGCGCUGUGUGUGAGUCAGCUAUCAAAGAGGUAGUCAGUGCCAUCAUUGAAUCUAGCAAAGCUUUGUCCAGGGAAGAGAAGAAGAUGGAGCGCUGUCCCCUGUUGUAUCAGUGGCACAAGAAGCAGUAUGUUGGAGCAGCCCAUGGAAUGGCCGGGAUCUACUACAUGUUAAUGCAGCCAGCAGCAAAAGUGGACCAGGAAACCUUGACAGAAAUGGUGAAGCCUAGUAUUGACUAUAUGCGCCACAAGAGGUUCCGGUCUGGGAAUUACCCAUCCUCACUGAGCAACGAGACGGACCGCCUGGUGCACUGGUGCCACGGGGCCCCCGGCGUCAUCCACACGCUCAUGCAGGCGCACAAGGUUUUUAAGGAGGAGAAGUACCUGAAGGACGCAGUGGAGUGCAGCGACGUGAUCUGGCAGCGAGGCCUGCUGCGGAAGGGCUAUGGGAUCUGCCACGGGACCGCUGGGAACGGCUACUCCUUCCUUUCGCUUUACCACAUCACGCAGGAUAAAAAGUACCUCUACCGAGCUUGCAAGUUUGCCGAGUGGUGUCUAGAUUAUGGAGCACAUGGCUGCCGAAUUCCUGACAGACCCUAUUCUCUGUUUGGAGGCGUGGCUGGCACUGUUCACUUCCUCUCCGACAUCCUGGCCCCAGAGGCAUCACGGUUUCCAGCAUUUGAACUCAGCUCUUCACAGAGGGAUACAAAGGUUCAAAAAGACUACUAACAGACCUGACUGGACCCGAAGCCACCAGGUUGCUUAGCCCCUGACACAGAACCAACUGGGAAUCCUGAAAGCGGGGGAAGAAGCAGCAGCAGGCCUCGUCCUAGACGCCCGUGUCGGAGUGUGAUGACCGGCCGCCCCAGCAGCAUUGUGCGACCGCGCCCCUCGCUGGCGCACAGUGUGAACCCUCCACGUCCAGUUCUCCGUCGUGUGUGCAUGUCUCUUGGUGUUUGCUGUCUGUAGGUGUAGGUUGUUGUAAACAGAAGCCCUUCCCUGUCCAUGAGCCCGAGCUGGCUGUGCAUGAGGGCGCACGGCACCCACCUCUCUGUACAUACUGUUUAAAGUGAGGCGUUUUCUGUCUUGACAAACAAGGAAAUAGGCAGGUGGUGUCUCUUACGUAACAAAAUUCUCCACAGUGAUGUCCCGGUGGUCAAACUUUCAGCAUUUUCUGUGUGUGCCUUGUGGAUGAGCGUGAGAGAAAGACCACUCCAAAAUGAAAACAGUGAAACACAUUUGCUGAAGUACGGGGUGGACCCUGUCCACCAGAGUCGAAUGUCCCCUGUUUGUGUGCGGUGCCCUCAGUGUUUAUAAGAAGCCAGAGGGGGCACGUUCCAGCACUGUCCCCUGCUGGGGUUCCCUUUCUCAGGCUUGCUGUGUGAAGUUCUAGCCCCUCCUCACAGCCCACGGCAGCCUGUGCGCUGAGGAGCAGACCCGUGACACCAGGGCCAUUCGGGGGAGCCUUUUCAUGGCCACGCUGUAAAUCAAGUAGCAGCGACUGAGGGCUGCAAGCCUCGGUUCAGUGUAUGUUAUUAAAGCAGGCUGCACCGCAGUUUUAUCAGCAUUAUGACGUAGUGCUGUAAGUUCAGUGGAUACAAUUCCAGAUACAUUAUUCCCAUGUUCCUCCACUUAAACUUUUUUCACAACUUGGUGAGUUAUCAAAGUACAAAUUUGGGAUGAAUAUAGUCCUUCUUUUUGUCUGUUAUUCAGGUGAUAGAAAUCUCGCAUUUGAUGAAAUGUAUUAAGCA